CCAAAUUGUGAUAUCCGCCGAGAUUCCACUACUGAUCGACGGGCGGAUAUAAUUUAGUGCAAAGGAAGGAUAGGGACAUGUGAUACGUAUUACGUGUAAAUUUGUGCUAAGUAUCAAGUUUACCACACUAAUUCGUCACGAUUAGAGUUCUGUCGACCAUAUAUUAGCUAGUGCAUGCGUUAUAUAGUUUAAAAGCUCAAUAUAGGGUCUGAAAAGAAGGAAACAUAUCCUUGAUUUAGUGUGCAUGUUUUUUUUUUUUUCUUACCUUGCCUGAAUGGUGUAAAGAAUGUAGAAUUCUGCAGAAUGGCUUCAGGCUAUUCAAUUACCGGUGCUGAAAAAUCUAUCUUGGCGUGAGGAGCAGCCCAAACAUGCUCUCUUUAUCAUGUGUGUUUGCAAUGGACGGCACAGGAUAAAUUGAGACAUAAGGGAAUCAGAAACCCCAAGUCACUUCUUCAGAAGGACUUCAGCAGAGGCUCAGAAAGAUGUCUCACUGUGCUCACUGAAGAUGUUUUCUUGGGCCCAGUUUUUCAGGCUCAGUAUCUCUUUCAGCUUCCCCUGAAGUUUUUUUUUUUUUUUUUUGCAUGAAAGCAACCAUAAACAUCCUGGGUAACUUGUAAGAUACAAGGUAGUGUCUUACUAUAUGAUGACCUGCUAUUCUUAUGGCUGGGAUCAUUACCACAGCUGCACUCACUAUUGCAAGCAAUCUUUGGCCCAUUUGGAUUUUGCUCUGCUUCGUUGCCGUUGCCUACAUUGUAGUGUACAUUGUAAGCUGUUACCAGAAGGAAGAAUUUCACACACAAAAAAAUCAAUAGGCUAUCCCAUUACUAAUACUAAAAAAAAACCCUUCUGUAUAUGUAUUCAUUCAAACUGUAGCAAUGCCAAAAACAUAAUCCUCAGAUUGUGUCUCCUUUGAUAGAUUACAUACAUACAUUGAGCCGUAGUAAUUAUGCAGAUCAGUUUCUGCCAGGCCCUGCUAACAGGAGCCAUUGUGCUAAAUUUGGUGAUUCUAUAUUAUAUAUCCCAAGUCCAGCAACAGAUGAUGGGGAAACGACAGGGGAAAGGCUUAAAAAAUGCCUUCCAUUCAAUGUCAGGCCUGAGAGAUUCAGGAAUUAUCGUGGCGAGGACAACAACAGGGGACAAAAAAGUAGGAAGCCUAGAGGGUAGUAUGCAAAAUCCUCAUAUGACUGUUAUUCUUCGUGAGUUUGAAGACUUUGAGAACUAUGUAGGAGAUGUGGCUCAGUCCUUUCUGCACCACAUGCCAGAACUACAUUUCCUGGUAGUAGCAGACACCCUGCCUUACCCUCCUCUGACACUGCCUGAGAAUGCCCAUUUACUGCUGCUGUCACCAAGCCCAGAAAAGCCUCCUCAAACACAUCGUCCAGAAAACCAUGUGCAAUCAGAGUUUGUGCUGCUUGUGCCCGAUGGUGUUGAAUUACAGCAUUGGCGGCAACUUAAGAGGCUUGUCCAAGAGUUGAAGGCCGAGGGAGAUGGCCCGGUGCGCUUGGUUGCAGCUCCAGUGCUGACCCGUGCUGCUGUCCAGUGUUUGUACUUGCAAGUGAACCUCAAGGAAUGGACAGCUACAUACUCCCUUGCAGCAUCUGGGAGUGGUGACAGUAUGUGCACUGCUUUGAACGGUGAUGCUAUAGUUCUUAUACGAACUAAGGACCUUUUCAACCUGUCAGUCCCAUUUGCACGUCCUUUGUUGUCUGCACUGUUUAUUCAGACUGCGCUUAGAGGCUGGAAGGUUAAGCUUCUGGAUGGACCUUCAUUUACUGCAAGCCACAGGCCACUCUUUAGUUCUGCGCACAACCAGUGGAAGGCAGACUAUCAUCUUAAGGAGACUACCAGCCAACUAAUGAGAAGCUUUGGUCUUAAGCGCUUGGUAUGGCCUGAUGGAAGGGACCAGUGGUUUGGCUGCAGCAAGGAGACAUCACGAUGCUUUGGCACAGUGCAUGAUGACACACCAGAGUACCUCUAUUUGGAGCGAUGGACUCCACCCUGCUGUUUGCGUGCCCUGCGAGAAACCACAAAGCAUGUCAUCAAUAUUCUGGAACGUUCUGGUGUGCGCUACUGGUUGGAAGGGGGUAGUCUGUUAGGAGCAGCCAGACAUCAAGACAUUAUACCUUGGGACUAUGAUGUUGAUUUGGGUAUCUACCUGGAGGAUGUGCCCAACUGUGAAUACCUUAAGAACCUAGAUUCAGGGUCACUGGUGGAUGCCACUGGUUAUGUAUGGGAGCGGGCAGUAGAGGGAGACUUCUACCGUAUUCAGUACAGUGAGACCAAUCAUCUGCAUGUGGAUCUAUGGCCUUUCUACUCCCGCAAUGGAGUCAUGACCAAGGAUACAUGGACUGGCCACAAGCAGGAUGUGGAAUUUCCUGAGCACUUCCUGCAGCCACUGGUGCCCAUGCCAUUUGCUGGUAUCACAGCCUAUGGACCCAAUAACUACCGUGCCUUCCUGGAGCUCAAGUUUGGUGAAGGGGUAAUUGAGAACCCUCAGUAUCCUAAUCCUAACAAGAAAAGACUAAUUAGUUAAUCAGAGGUGAUUAUAUGCAAUCAACUCCAAAAGAAGUAGAACAGACAGUAUUUUCAUAAUUCUUUUGUUUUAAACUGAAGACAUUUGGAUUUGAGAUCAGGCAAUGAAUAUAAGAAUUUCAAGUUUCUUUUCCUGAAAUUUACCUUUUAUAUGUGUUAAACAAGCUACAACAUAGUAUAAUUGGUGGCAGAUCAACCAAUAUUUAGGUAAGCAAAACAGCAUUUAAGCAGAGUUGUAAAAUAAAGAAUUCCAAGUAUUUGGAUGCUUAUCCUUUGCUUGUAGUAACUGCAUCAAGCAGGUGACAUCCUGAUAUCCCCAAACUGUUGCAUUUUUCUUUUGUGAUUAAUGUCCAGGCUUUUAGUGCAUCAUUAUUCAGUUGUUGUUUGUUUCUCUCUUCUUUCUCCUCUUUGGGAAGUGGAAUACAUGAUUAAUUGCGUUGUGUGAUGAUUGACUUGGCCAUUCUAAAACCUUUUAUUUUUUUCCCCUGAUGAAGUCCUUUGUUGUGUUGCCAGUGUGUUUUGGGUCAUAGUCUUGCUGCAUGACAAAGUUACUCCUGAUUAGAUUUGACAUAUUUCUCUGUAAAUCUACGGACAGAAUGUUUCUGUAGACUUCUGAGUUCAUUCUGCUGCUACCAUCAAUAAAUAAAGUUUGUUCA